UGUAAGCUGGCUAUAUGAGUAUCAUUUCAUUAUUAAUCACUCAGUCACACAAAGCGGCUACUACUGUGUAGACGCUCCAUUUUACAAAACGGACAUAAAGUUUUUUAAAAAGGAACAAAUCUCCGCCAUUUUAAGCAUUGUCUAAGACGAAGAUGGCGACUACGGAGGUAUACAAAAACGGCAACACACAGACAUUCGUAGAAAAGGCACCAUGGACGGACAAACAAGGCAUCGCAAUGAAGGUGUACCAGGGCGUCAUGCUGACGCUAGAGAUCCUAGUGCUGAUCGUGAAGAUGUACGCCUCGUGGUUCUACUGCAUCUACCGUUUCUUCGUGCCCCCGGAGCCUAAGAGUGUGAGCGGUGAAGUUGUGCUUAUAACUGGAGCUGGGCAUGGUAUGGGUCGCGAGAUGGCGCUGCGGUUUGGAAAGCUGGGCAGCGUGGUCCUAUGCGUUGACAUCAACCCUGAAGGCAACCAGGAAACUGCGGAUAUGAUCAAGGCGAACAAGGGGAAAGCGCAUACCUUCAGAUGUGACGUAACAGAUCGGGAUUCCAUCAGCGAGUUGGCAGCCAAUAUCAGGCGGCAGGUUGGUGAGGUGACCAUCCUGGUGAACAACGCGGGUGUGAUGCCGUGCAAGCCUCUGCUUGACACCAGCGAGAAAGAGAUUCGCACCGCCUUUGAAGUCAACGUUCUUGCUCAUCUCUGGCUUCUGCAGACGUUCCUGCCGUCGAUGAUGGAGAAGAACCACGGUCACAUCGUGGCCAUGUCUUCGAUGGCUGGCGUGCUCGGUCUUCGGAACCUCGUGCCUUACUGCGGCACCAAGUUCGCAGUGAGGGGCAUGUUGGAGGCUCUCCAUGAAGAACUACGAGAGGACCCCAGAGACUUCAGUGGCAUAAAACUAACCUGUAUCUGUCCAUACAUCGUCGACACGGGACUCUGCAAGAACCCGAAAAUUAAGUUCCCGAGUCUAAUGAAGAUCAUCACAGCGCAGGAAGCGGCUGACAACAUCCUGGAUGCAGUCAGGAGGAACUAUUCUGAGAUCACUAUCCCCAGCUCUCUAUACUAUAUAAAUCAGAUGUUCAGAAUAUUCCCGCGACCCGUACCACUGCACUUAAAGGACUUCCUGGAUUCUGGUCUGGAGGCCCAGUGAUCUAAAACAAACUUUAUACAGGGGAAUUUAAAAUAAAAACCUUAUGAAAUUGGUGUAUAAUAUUCACUUCAUUUUAACUUAAGCGAUCUUAAACUGAUUUGGGUCAGUUAAGUGACAAAUAAGUACAAAUGAAUGAAUAUAUUUUCAUGUAUUUAAAUGAAGAUCGAAAUAUAAAUUAUUAUUUUUUAUUGAAUAAAACUGGCAUUAGUUUUAUAUAAUAAAUUAAAUAUUAAUACAACUAAUACGCCUCUGUUCAGCCUGUUUGAAGUGCUUACUCGAAUGAUUAAUAAUUUAAACCUUAUCCACAUAGAAAUAAGGAUUGAAUUUUUGAUCUCCCUGUCAGGGUUCAAGUACAAUAUUUUUGUAAUUUUUUAUAUUUCUUUUAUAAAAAGAUUGUAUGAAUAUUUUGAACAAUUUUAUAUAAAUACUUAAUUAGUUUGUUAUGUUUUUAAAGUCAUAACCCACACUUCUGGGAUUAAUACACAAAUAAAAUUUUAAAACAAAUUUUUAUGAACGAUGCGGGACUCGAACUCACGAAAAAUUUUCAAAUUUUAUUUGUGUAAAUACUUAAAUGUUUAUGGGUGAUAAGCGAGUUAUUACUUUUUUUUUUAAUAAUCUUUAAGCAUAGGUACGAUCAAAUGUUGAAUGUUUCGAAUUUAAAAUACAAAAUGAAUUUCAAUUUAUAGAUGCAACCAAAGUUUUCAUGGUAUUGCAAGAUCUAAUUAUUCUAAAGUUAUCUAUAAAAAGAAAAGCCUUAUCAAGAAAGUAAAUCAGAAAUGUAUAUAUUAGUUUCUCGUGUCCCGGUGUUUGUUACCAAACUCUCUUAUUUUAUAUCGCGAUUUUAAUAUUAUUCUAUGCCAUCCUCAGAUACACAAUAGAGUUGCAAGAUGACAAUAGAAUAUAAUUAUUAUUGUAGUACGAUAAAUUUUAUGUACGAUAUAUUUGGUAGGUCUGAGAAUCGGUCGUCAUAUAUUUUAUAUACCCAAAUAAUUUUAAUUAUUGGUUUUUUUAUUUAUUUUUUUGGCAAUUUAAAAUUGCUGCGUCAGCUAGUAAUAAAUAAAAUACUGUUUUUUAUGAAUUUGUCAAUAAUAUUUCAUAACAUCAAGAAUUAUUUCGAAAAAAUAUGAUCCCUGUUGUUAUAUUGAAAUUGUUUCACAGCAGAACUGUCAAAUUGUGCGUCAAUAAAUUCUCUCACAGAAAAUAUGUUCAUACAAGACAAAUAUUGGAAAUAAAAAUAAUUAUGGGUCCCAAAUCGAAAUAAAAACUAUCCUAUCGCUCAAGUUGGGCUAAACUGCAAUCCAUGAAGUUAUCCCCAUUAAAAUCCGUUCAUUAGUUUGGGAGUUCACUGGAAAUAAACAUCAGGACACUGGAUUUAUUUGUAUUAAGAUUUUAAACAAUUAUAAAUACUAUUUAAUAAUGGAUGACUUGUGAUAUCGUAAUUUAUGUUACCAACAUGAAGGGAUACUGGUAAUAUAUAUAAAUAUUGCAGCAAUUAAAUCAAAAUACAAUAUCUAAUUAUAUACUCAGAUGUAUUAUUUAUAGCAGUGCCAUUUAAGGGUCAAUUUUGAUCAGAAUAUGAAAUUUUCCUAUUUUGAAAAUAUAACAGAGUUAUAUCUUAUUAUGUCUUAAAUUGACUUACGGUAGCCAGACGUAGUCGCUAACUUUGGGCCUUAUGAGACAGCUCAUGGUCGCUCAGAGAGCAAUGGAGAGGGCUAUGCUUGGAGUUUCCCUGCGAGAUUGAAUCAGAAAUGAGGAGAUCUGUAAGAGAACUAAAGUUACCGACAGAGUCCAAAUGAUUGCGAAACUGAAGUGGCAGGGCACAUAUGUAGUUCGACGGACAGAUAGCCGUUGGGCCAGUAAAGUCCUCGAAUGGCGACCACGUGCCGGAAGACGUAGUGUAGGCCCCAACAAGAUGGACCGACGAUCUGGUUAAGAUCGCUGGAAUACGUUGGAUGAGAGCAGCGAUCGUCGUGGAAAUUUUUUGGGCAGGCCUUUCUCCAGCAGUGGACGUCUUUCAGCUGAUGAUGAUGGAUUAAAUAGACCGUAUUAAAGUCUAUUUAUAUAGCAUAUUUAUAAAUAAUUAAUGUCCACAUCACUAUGUUGAUAAUGACCCCAAUUAUCUUGCCUUGCAAAGGACAAAUAUUACCUACAAGCUUUGUUGCUCUGUUGAAAUGUAUAAAACUUACUGUAUUUAGUUCAUAAGGUAUAUUGAGUGUGAUAUCGUGUGAUAAGAAUUAUGAAUAGAAUUAAUAAAGAAUUCUAACGAUUUC